UAUUAUUAUAUUAUAUAAGAACUAUAAAAUAGGUUUUUGCUUUGUAGAACAGUCGGCAGAAGCUUUGAUUCCUUUUAUUUUUCCUUCGUUUUCGUUUUGACGUCAAGUUUCAACGUCUCGUUUGGUCGUCAUCUUCUUUUUCGUUUGGCCUCCCAAUCUCCCGAGCAGACCGAACCAGAGAUUUCCAACCCAAAUUCAAAGCCUCCUCAAGCUCCAGUUUGAUUGUUUAUUGUUAAGAAGACAUGGGAGAGAGGAAAGUGUUGAACAAGUACUACCCGGCAGAUUUUGAUCCGGCAAAGAUACGAAGACAAUCUAAGAAACAACAGAUUAAGGUUCGGAUGAUGCUUCCCAUGAGCAUUCGAUGCAACACCUCUGGUAAUUAUAUCUAUAAAGGGACCAAGUUCAAUUCGCGUAAAGAAAACGUCAUUGGUGAGACAUAUUUAGGAAGAAUUCAGAUAUCUAGAUUUUAUGUAAAGUGUACCAAGUGUUCGGUCGAAAUUACAAUAAAAACAGAUCCGCAAAACUCGGAUUACAUUGUUGAAACUGGUGCAACGCGAAAUUUUGACCAAUGGCAUGGAGAGGAUGAGGGAGUAGAGAAUAAGAAACGCAAAAGGGAUAAUAAAGAGAUGGGAGAUGGAAUGAGAUCUUUGGAGAAUAGAACUUUGGAAUCAAAAAGAGAGAUGGACAUCAUCGGUGCAUUGGACGAACUAAAGUCCAUGAAGUCAAGACACGCAGUUAUUAGUGUGGAUGCAAUGCCUGAGGCCCUGAACAAGGAGGAAAAGCAAAAGAAGUUGGAAGAAGAGGAUGAAGCUCUUAUUAUAGUUCGGAGAUCCAAAGUUGUCCGAAGGAUUGAUGAUAAAGAUUUUAGUGAUGAUGAGGAUUUCAGAGACAAUGGGAAAACAUCUAAAGUUUCUGAAUAUGUGCCUGGGACAAAAACCAACGUUGUUAAUAACUCUAACAUCAAAGGAGCACCUAGCAGUAUUGGUAAAUUUAUUUUUAAGUUUAAAAGUAAUGGGUUGCAGUUGCUAUGUCAACAUUAAGACUAGUAGUUGUAUUUAAUCUAGAGAUUUAAUUAAUUUUGGUACCUAAUAAAU